AUGGAAGAUUGGGUAUAUGUUGAAAGGAGGAGAAGGAGCAGGAAGAAGAAUCCCGAAGGGAAAAACAAGUAUGGAGGUCGUCACAGCGGGCACAGGGACCAUGCCAUUGAUGGUACGAAUCUGAACAAUGACCCCUUCACAGAGUACAUCCCAAUGGACCAAGAAAAACAUGCAGAAAAAACAUUCAGCGAAAUGAAAAAAGUUAUGAACGGUUUAGAAAAAAGUGAAUUCUUUGCAAACUUCCAUCAACAAUUUAUGGAAGUGGUAGACAAGGCCAAUGUCAAUAUAAAAUACGCCAUCUGCCUCGGCUUGGGUUCUUUAGCCGACCCCAAUUGGAACAACAGAAAGGCUUGUCUGUACCAGUUGGGAUUUGUGCUACUCCUUAGGAGGAUCUACAAAGUACAGAAGGUAUAUAUUUAUGAUCCUAAAUCUGGAGAUGUGGACCGAAAUAUUUGUGGCCGCUUCGACAUAGAGGUGUUAUCCCCUUGUGAAGAACAACAUAACGUGGAUGAGGAACUACAGCGUAACAGGUGUCCACAGGGGGAGGAGGACGAUAGCACAAGCCACAUCAUUGAAAAAACAAGUGCGCACGAACGAACUCUGGUAUUCAUGCCUCACUGUGAUGUCAGUCUGUACAGCCAAGUAAUGCACAGUAUAUAUAUGAAUGAAAAACUGAAUUAUGCUAAGGCCCACUUUUUUCUUACAUUGGAGAAGACCAUUUUUUUGGGGAACUCAUUUGAGUACUAUAGAGAGCAUAUCUACAUGUACAGGCCUUUUGGAAUACCUGCCUACGCAAUUCAUAUGCUAAGAAAUAGAGGAACUGUGGUGGAAACUCCCGGUGAGAGGAGUAUUAACCGAUUAGUGGAGUUUUACAAAAUAGACCACUUCCUUUUUUACGUGCACAAGUAUGCGCGUGAGAGGAAAUUCCCCGUUUUCGCUGAUCACGCGUCCGCUUUUAACGAUAUGGCUAUCAUAACGUUCGGCUCCAUGCCGGACAGGCUCAACUUUUGGUUGAACGUUUGGGAAGAUGUGUCUUCUGGGGGGCCCAGAUAA